AUGUUUCGUUCCAUGCGACGAUUGCCUCGACGCGUUCCAGUUGCGUCUACUGUUUCCUUGCGGGCUCUUCGGCCAUUCACAUGCGGUUAUCCUCGGAUGACGCCCGUUCAACCCCCGGUAUCCACCACCCUCCCAUCAGACGCAUACCAGCUGCUGUCCACGCAAGAAAAGGCUGGUGCAGCUGAAGAUGCCCUCUACGAGCAACAAAUCCGUGAUGUAGAAUCAUGGUGGAGUUCGCCUCGCUAUGAAGGCAUUAAGCGUCCCUACACAGCGGAAGAUGUUGUGAGCAAGCGUGGCUCCUUGCAACAGUCGUAUCCCAGUUCUUUGAUGGCGCGAAAGCUUUUCAAUCUCCUUAACGAGCGAGCUGCUGCUGGUCAGCCAGUUCAUACCAUGGGAGCUAUUGACCCCGUACAAAUGACACAGCAAGCCCCCAAUCAAGAGAUUCUGUAUGUCUCUGGCUGGGCUUGCUCUUCGCUUCUCACAAGUACCAAUGAAGUAUCCCCCGACUUCGGCGAUUAUCCCUACAAUACUGUCCCCAACCAAGUCCAGCGUCUGUUCAAGGCCCAGUCGAUGCACGACCGCAAGCAAUGGGAUGCUAGACGCAAGAUGACACCAGAGCAGCGCAAGGCUACCCCUUAUACUGAUUAUAUGCGCCCAAUUGUUGCAGACGGUGAUACCGGUCACGGUGGUUUGUCAGCUGUUCUCAAACUGGCCAAAUUGUUUGCCGAGAAUGGUGCCGCAGCUGUACACUUCGAGGAUCAAUUGCACGGUGGAAAGAAGUGCGGUCACCUCGCAGGCAAGGUGCUUGUCCCUAUGGGUGAACACAUUAACCGUCUGGUUGCUGCUCGCUUCCAAUGGGAUAUGAUGGGCUGUGAGAAUUUGGUCAUCGCCCGAACAGAUUCAGAGAGCGGCCGCCUCAUCAGCAGUGCUAUCGAUGUCCGUGAUCAUGAAUUUAUUCUUGGUGUCGCAGAGGAUGUGGAGCCUCUUGCCGAGACCCUCCAGGCCAUGGAGCGAGAGGGUGCCUCUCCCAAAGAAAUCGAUGCAUUUGAGCUUGCUUGGGUUAAGAAGCACAAGCUUGUUACCCUCGAUGAAGCUGUCGAUGCCCAUCUCGAGUCAGAGGGUGCUCCUCAAGCUUCCCGAGACGCCUACAAGGCGUUCGUCAAGAAGAACCCUGAUCUCUCCUUCUCCCGUCGUCGUGCUCUGGCUAACGACUACGCCAAGACACCCGUUGUCUGGUCAUGCGACAGCCCGCGUACUCGCGAGGGAUUCUACCACUACCGUGCAGGAUUCCCCGCUGCGACCAAGCGCGCCAAGGAGUUUGCUCCCUACGCUGAUCUCCUCUGGGUUGAGACUGGAGACCCAGACGUCGCCAAGGCUGGAACCCUGGCCGGCGAAGUGCGGGAGGCCUUCCCGGGCAAGAAGCUUGUCUACAACCUCAGCCCUUCGUUCAACUGGAUGGGCCAAGGAUUCGAUGAAGCCUCACUCAAGUCCUUUAUCUGGGAUAUUGCUAAGCAAGGAUUCGUCCUGCAACUCAUCUCCCUCGCCGGUCUGCACACCAACGCCACCAUCACUACCGAGCUCUCUCGUGCAUUCAAGGACGAGGGUAUGUUGGCCUACGUUCGUCUUGUCCAGGCGCGUGAGAAGGAACUUGGCGUCGAUGUCCUCACCCACCAGAAGUGGAGUGGCGCGCCUUACAUGGAUGGCAUCAUGGGCGCUAUCCAGAGUGGAAGCAGCAGCAGCAAGAGCAUGGGUGAUGGUAAUACUGAGAAGGGUUUCUAA